AUGGUGCUAGAUUAUGGUGCUGGGUUCACGGCUAAAGCUACCGGGACUAGGAUAUUGAUCUACACCAAUGCCACCAUUUGCGAGGGCCUGGAGGUCGAACUGCAGGACGUGAAGCUGCAGGGCGUCGUUUCGGAAGUCGGAUGGUUCAACACCACCGUGAACGGCUACGAGGGGACGCGCGUCACGGUGCCAAACCGUCGGAUUCUGGAUGGCACCGUCAUUGACAAGACCAACAAGCGCUUCCGGGUGUGCCAGAAGAAGAUCGUGAUAACGUUCGACGAUCCUUCCAAGCUAGAUGCUCUUGCACGGCCCCCAGACGAUGCUUAG